UCCAGCUUGUAGUUGUUAUACAGUUUGCACGCAGGUGAUAGUACAGAAGUGAUUUCGUGCAAGUUCUGUUUCCGUUCAGAAAUCCAUUUUUUGGUGUUGUGGGUUAUCACGAGCGGUCUCAAACUUUGAGUUAUUUGGAAAGCAAGUUAUUGAAUCAGCACGCGCUCACAGGCCUGGAUGUUGUGUUGAGUGUACGAGCUAGCUAUUUAGCUAGCUAGGUAGCUAAUUUUACUGUCAUCAGCGGGUGCAAAAUGCGACGUCUAGAGUUCUAAACGAUGCAUUUCGCAUUCUAGGGUGCAACUUGUUUUGCAGAAACUCAAUUUAACGCAAAUAGCUUUGCUUGAGCUGAACAACAGCACUAGCUAACGCACGUUAGUUAGCUAGCUCACUUGAAUCUCCUCAAGACGUGACUGUGAGCAGCUAACUAGCUCACUUGAAUCUCCUCAAGAUGACUGUGAGCAGCUAGCUAGGUUAACCCUUUGGUGAAGAAUGGCUGGCACGGUAAUGGGCGUGGGCACUGGGGUUUUCCUCAUUGCUCUUAUCUGGAUUGUGGCUCUCGUGCUCGGGAUGAUCCUUUUGAGAGCUACUGGACCAGCUAAGCUAGGCGUCAUCCCUGUCUUCCUGCUGGCCUUCAUUGCCACUCUUAUCCUGGUGUUCUUCCCCCGCAGCUCAGAGACUCCGUCACCAUUCAAAGACAUCGAGAUCGUAGACACUUUCUUCAUCGGCCGAUACGUCCUGUUGUCAGUGGCCAGUGUGGGCUUCCUGGUUGCUCUGUUUGGCCUGCUGCCACUGCAUUUCCUGGAAGCCGUCUAUGCCAAGCCCUUGAGAACCCAUUAGAGCGGAGCGGCCAGGCCAAGUUGACCCGUUAGACUGGUGGCCAGGGCCGUAUGUGCAGCACUGGAGAUGAGAAAAGGCCAACUAAGAGGGGCCCUAGUUAAAUGGAGCACCGGACAGGUUGGCACCUGAACCAAAACACAGGCAGGGCCAAUGUUUUCUCUGUGGUCAACUGUUGUGUUUGUUUUGGGCCAACCAUCAUUAAAGAUAGGCUAAAAUGUUGCCUGGUAUCUCACCCUAACAUAGAUUAUAUGUUUUGAUGUUUUGUAUAUGGAUAGCUAUUAGUUUGAAUUGUAGUGGUGGGGUAGCAGUUGCAUUAAUGGAAUGGAUUUAUCUCUUGGGCCUCUAAAGUUCAGAGGAUAAGACUGAUAGCUGUAAUUUAACUGUAUGUAUAUUUUUGACAUUCCCUUUUUUUUACUGAACUUGUAUUUUUUUUUUUUUUUACAAUACAAAUAUUUUAUAAGACAACUUCAUUAAACAUUUCAUUGUUGGUUAUCCCGCCUACUGAAAACGAAUUCCUUCUAGCAAAAUCAUCCAGCAUCAAAAUGCUGUAGCAGGCCCUGUUAAGAAUAUGCAGAGCGCUGUUUGUCUACGUUCAGAUGCAGCCAGGUGGCUUUUUGAGUGAGUUUGGUUAAUUAAGAUAUCUUCUUUGAUUACACUUCUCAUAGCUGUCUGAUUCAUGAAGCCUCUCAAGUCAGUCAAGUAAAUUGAAUGAAGAGAGAACUGUCAGUAGCAAUGCUGUGACAUACUAUGAUGUGAAGUAGUAGCCCUCUCACAUAGUUAAAUGGAGUGAUUGUGUUCAUUAACUCCAGAUGCAUCUUGUGUUCUGUCACAUUUGCCGGCAUUUAAACCAGAUAGAUUGGAUCUGCACUCGACUACAUUGAAAUGUAAAUUUUUCAACUGACUGAUGCCGUCUUUCUCGGUCUCAUACCCCCAAACAAUAAAACUAAGUGGGAAAGCACAAAUUCUGGUUUUGCUGUUGUCC